GACACCAGGCACACUGGCACUGGUGAGUGAAGGACAUUGGCGUUCACUUUUUCUCACCCAGCCAACAGCCUUAUUCAACAGGAUUGCUGUGUAGUGGAACAGUGCUGUCGUGUAGUAGAACAGUGCUGUCGUGUAGUGGAACAGGAUUGUCGUGUAGUGGAACAGGAUUGUCGUGUAGUGGAACAGGAUUGUCGUGUAGUAGAACAGGAUUGUCGUGUAGUGGAACAGGAUUGUCGUGCUGACGUCAUGAAACAGGAGCGAAGGCUGACCAGGUUCGUUUAACUCAGGCCAGCAGAUAUGGGGACGGUGCUGUCCCUAUCGCCCCCCGCCCGGCGCCCGCUCACUGAGGACGUUAACAACUACGAGGUGCUCAACAACUACAGAAACAACAACAACAAUAACAACAACGGUAAGGAGAAAAGCUUCAAGCGACAUUCCAUUUUUCUCAGCGCAUUGAGUUGGAAAAAGUUUACCGUCAACCCAAAGAAAAAGGAGAAGAACUUGAUCAAACUCUCAAACUCUGCUUUCCUACAUGGCUCCAAGUUCGACACCAACUACAACAUUGAAAACUUCAACCUCAACAACUUCCACAAGUCCGUCUCGUGUUAUAAUUUAAAAGCUGCGCCAGACGAGACCCCGGCCCCAGUUAAAGCCACGUCCAUCAAAAAAUUUGAAAAGCCGCCCAGUCCCAAGAGAACCGUGAUCCAAGCCUCCACAUCGGAGCUGCUCAAGUGUCUGGGGGAGUUCCUCAAACGUAAGUGUAAGCGUCUGAAGCGGUUUGAGGCGUCAGACGCCAUCUUGUGGCUGCGGUCUGUGGACCGCUCCUUGCUGCUGCAGGGCUGGCAGGACAUCGCGUUCAUCAACCCCGCCAACGUCGUCUUCAUCUUCCUGCUGGUCCGCGACCUGCCCUCGGGCGAGAUGCACCACGAGCAGGAGCUGCAGGCCUACGUGCUGACCUGCCUGUACCUGUCCUACUCCUACAUGGGCAAUGAGAUCAGCUACCCGCUCAAGCCGUUCUUGGUGGAGGAGAACAAGGACCGCUUCUGGGACAGGUGUCUCUUGGUGGUCAACAAACACAGCUCCAACAUGCUCCGUCUCAACAGGGACCCCGGCUACUUCACGGAUGUGUUUAGUGAACUCAAGACCUACUCCCCUUGUAUAUGAACCAAUGGGAACGCUUCAUUCCAUGAUCUCUUUAGCCCUUCACCGAACUUUUGAUUUGAUCACAUAACUAGGUCAUUGCAUCUGACCAGAGCUCAGUAUUUUAGGCUUCUGAUGUUCCCAUAAUUCAAACGUCGUCCAGAUGGCUUCAGGACAGAGUAACAGAUUUUACAGCCCCAUGUUUCCGCUUUGUGUUUGGGUGUGUGUGUCGGCAGUUGGUCAACGCCAGAUGUGUUUUUGUGUAAGUGUAGGCAACUUGGGAUUGGCCAUUGUUGAAAACUUCUCGUGUGUAAGUGUAGGCAACUUGGGAUUGGCCAUUGUUGAAAACUUCUCAUGUGGAUUAGGCUAACUUCGUGUCAUCACAGCACGGUCUGUUGUAUUGGUAAUAAAUGUCAUACAGACACAAUCACACAGGCACAAUCACACAGACACAAUCACACAGGCACAAUCACACAGGCACAAUCACAAAGGCACAAUCACAAAGGCACAAUCACACAGACACAAUCACACAGGCACUAUCACACAGGCACAAUCACAAAGGCACAAUCACAAAGGCACAAUCACACAGACACAAUCACACAGACACAAUCACACAGACACAAUCACACAGGCACAAUCACACAGACACAAUCACACAGAAACAAUCCCACAGACACAAUCACACAGACGUUGUCCAAAAUGACCUCGACAUUCGUUAAUUUUUAUUGGUUUAAAAUGGUUUCAUGAAUUGUUUAUGGACAUGAUCUAUAAUUAGUUUGAUUCUACGUACGGCUGAUGGAAACAACAUGGUGCAGAACAUUUCAUUAUUUAUUUCAAUGUUGCUCACUUCAUGGGACGGCUGGUAGCACGUGUUUGUAGGAUGAUAAAUGUUGGACGUUUGUAGGAUAAUAAAUGUUGGACGUUUGUAGGAUGAUAAAUGUUGGACGUUUGUAGGAUGAUAAUUGUUGGACGUUUGUAGGAUGAUAAAUGUUGGACGUUUGUAGGAUGAUAAAUGUUGGACGUUUGUAGGAUGAUAAAUGUUGGACGUUUGUAGGAUAAUAAAUGUUGGACGUUUGUAGGAUGAUCAAUGUUGGACGUUUGUAGGAUGAUACAUGUUGGACGUUUGUAGGAUGAUAAAUGUUGGACGUUUGUAGGAUGAUACAUGUUGGACGUUUGUAGGAUGAUAAACGUUGGAUGUUUGUAGGAUGAUACAUGUUGGACGUUUGUAGGAUGAUACAUGUUGGACGUUUGUAGGAUGAUAAAUGAUGGACAUGUUUGUAAAAUGAUGGACAGGUUUGUAGGAUGAUAAAUAAUGGACAUGUUUGUUAAAGGAUUGUAGAAUAUUUGUUCAGAAUAUUUAUGAUAAUUUAUACUGAGGCUAUAUGUGAUUGUUUUUUGAUAGUGUAUGAUUACAUCUUUAUAGUUUGUUUUUUUAAUCCAUGUAUAAUUUAGAGUGAUAACCUGUUCUUUGAUGUAAAUAAUGACAGAUAACAUUGUGUCAUAUGACAGAUAACAUUGUGUCAUAUGACAGAUAACAUUGUGUCAUAUGACAGAUAACACUGUGUCAUAUGACAGAUAACACUGUGUCAUAUGACAGAUAACACUGUGUCAUAUGACAGAUAACACUGUGCCAUGUACUUAAAUGAGCUAUAAUUAUUAGAUCAACUUAAAAUGUUCUAAAUGUAACACGAUACGAGUAAUGAUCAGCAAGGUUUCGUGUAAACUCAGUAUUGUUAAAACGUAGGCUUCAGAUAUCCAUGUCACAUUAAUGUCACACUCAACUACCAGCGUAGGCAGGUCAUAGUUGACAUUUCAGAACAAAAUCCCAUGUUUAUAUAUAUAUAUAUAUAUAUAUAUAUAUAUAUAUAUAUAUAUAUAUAUAUAUAUAUAUAUAUAUAUAUAUAUAUAUAUAUAUAUAUAUAUAUAAACGAUUUUUAGACGGGAUACAAUAGUUUGAUGAAACUGUAAAGAUAAAGCGACACGAGCAAACCGUCCCCAUCAUUUGUUACAAGGGUCCUUGAGCCCCCCCCCCGGCACCUCCUGCCUACGCCACUAAGUUAUCCAAACAAUUACAGAGUUUACGUGAAUUAAAAAGCUGUCACAUUGAGCCUCCAUGUCACCCUCAGUUACCAGAAUAGAACACACACAUCAGGCAAUGACACACGGCAUUGUCUACUAGAACAUGUUUAUAUUAUCAUCAUAUUUUAACACCAGUUUACAUUCGGUCCUAUUACACACAUUCAAAUACCUUACCACUACACGCACAUACAACUAAAUACAAUUAUUUAAUUAGAACAGUGAAAAGCUGAAAACCCAACACACACACACCCACACACAAAUAUUUCAUGUGAAGUAUAUUUCAGCAUCAUUCAAUGCAUAAUGCAUUUUGUACUAUAACUAAUUAUACUCAUUCGAUGUACUUGUACGACAAAUCAAUUCCUGUACUUGUAUUAAUCAGUCCCAGUACUUGUACGACUGGUCAGUCCCUGUACUUGUACAACUGGUCAGUCCCUGUACUUGCACGACUGGUCAGUCCCUGUACUUGUAUUGGUCAGUCCCAGUACUUAUACAACUGGUCCGUCCCUGUACUUGUACAACUGGUCAGUCCCUGUACUUGCACGACUGGUCAGUCCCUGUACUUGUAUUGGUCAGUCCCAGUACUUAUACAACUGGUCAGUCCCUGUACUUGUACGACUGGUCAGUCCCUGUACUUGUAUUGGUCAGUCCCAGUACUUAUACAACUGGUCAGUCCCUGUACUUGUACGACUGGUCAGUCCCUGUACUUGUAUUGGUCAGCCCCUGUACUUGUACAACUGGUCAGUCCCUGUACUUGUAUUGGUCAGUCCCAGUACUUGUACAACUGGUCAGUCCUCUGUACUUGUACAACUGGUCAGUCCCUGUACUUGUAUUGGUCAGCCCCUGUACUUGUACGACUGGUCAUUACCAGUACUUGUACAACUGGUCAGUCCCUGUACUUGUAUUGGUCAGUCCCUGUACUUGUACGACUGGUCAGUCAAUGUACUUGUACGACUGGUCAUUACCAGUACUUGUACAACUGGUCAGUCCCUGUACUUGUAUUGGUCAGUCGCUGUACUUGUAUUAAUCAGUCACAGUAAGUGUACGACUGGUCAGUCCCUGUACUUGUACAACUGGUCAGUCCCUGUACUUGUACAACUGGUCAGUCCCUGUACUUGUAUUGGUCAGUCCCUGUACUGGUACAACUGGUCAGUCCCUGUACUUGUAUUGGUCAGUCCCUGUACUGGUACAACUGGUCAGUCCCUGUACUUGUAUUGGUCAGUCCCUGUACUUGUAUUGGUCAGUCCCUGUACUUGUACAACUGGUCAGUCCCUGUACUUGUAUUGGUCAGUCCCUGUACUUGUACAACUGGUCAGUCCCUGUACUUGUAUUGGUCAGCCCCUGUACUUGUAUGACUGGUCAUUGUGAAACUAUGAACGUUUUGCUACAACAAAGAUGUUUGAUUAAAAUAUAAGACGUAUCAUUUCUCGGCUUUUGUUGAUUUUUGUCAAAUUUUCAUUUUUACAAGCUUUUAUUUAAAUUGCUUUAUUGUUCGUUUGUCUAUUUGCUUUUGUGUUAUGGGUCGAAGCGGGCGUGUGAAAUUUCGACCACCUGUAUAGGACCUAUUUCUUUCAAACUUAACACGUGGGUCUUGAUCUUAUUACAAAUAAAUACAAUGCAAUGUGACAUCAAAUUUGACUUAGUUGA